CACAAUUUUUCUAUCUUCUUAAUUAAGGAAAAAGAAAUGUUGAGAUUGAUAACAGGCAUAAGAGGAGCAAGUGGAUUUGGAUCAGCUUCAACUGCUGAGGAGGUUACUCAUGGUGUUGAUGCUGCCGCUCUCACGGUUAUUAUUACAGGAGGUGCAAGCGGCAUUGGUUUGGAGACAACACGAGUUUUAGCUCUGAGGAAAGCCCAUGUUAUUGUUGCUGCAAGAAAUAUGGAGGCUGCAAAUGAAGCAAAACAACGCAUUUUGAACGAAAACAGAACUGCACGUAUUGAUAUUCUGAAACUCGACCUCAGCUCAUUGAAAUCGGUCAAGGCAUUUGCAGAUAACUUCUUAGCACUUAACCUUCCUCUCAACAUCUUAAUAAACAAUGCAGGUAUCAUGUUCUGUCCAUUUCAGCUUUCCGAGGAUGGAAUAGAGAUGCAGUUUUCUACAAAUCAUCUUGGUCAUUUCUACUUGACUAACCUUCUUCUAGACAAAAUGAAGGAAACAGCAAAAUCUACUGGUAUUGAAGGUAGAAUUGUGAAUUUGUCAUCAGUAGCUCACCUAGUUUGCCCUAGUGAAGGAAUACGAUUCCACAAUAUCAACGACAAAAACAGUUAUCAGGACAAAGUGGCCUAUGGACAAUCCAAAUUAGCCAACCUACUACAUGCCAACGAGCUAUCUCGCCGCUUGCAGGAAGAGGGAGCAAAUAUCACUGUCAAUUCAGUUCAUCCGGGUCUGAUAAUGACGAAUCUCAUGAGACAUUCAGCCUUUUUGAUGAGAAUCUUAAGGGUUUUCACUUGCUUACUGUGGAAGAAUGUCCCUCAGGGGGCAGCUACAACUUGCUACGUCGCCCUCCAUCCAAGUUUAAAGGGAGUGACAGGAAAGUACUUU